AUGUCUUUAACCCCUAUGGAUAUCUUAGUUAUAAAUAGCUCUACAGGAACAUAUAAUGGAACACUAAAAACUAAUCUGCUUCUGCAGGUUGAUAUCCGUGACGAGGAUGCACUGGAUGCUGUUUUUGCUUCCACAAGAUUUGAUGCUGUUAUUCACUUUGCUGGACUGAAAGCUGUCGGUGAAAGUGUACAGAAGCCAUUGUUUUACUAUGACCAUAACAUUGCUGGCACAAUUAAUCUUUUGAAAGUCAUGGCAGCCCAUGAAUGCAAGAAGUUGGUGUUCUCAUCAUCAGCUGCAGUUUAUGGAUCACCUAAGAACUCACCCUGCACAGAGGAGUUUCCUCUCCUUCCGCACAAUCCAUAUGGCAGAACCAAGCUUAUGGCUGAGGAGAUAUGCCGUGAUAUAUACCGGUCAGAUUCUGAGUGGAGAAUCAUUUUACUUAGGUACUUCAACCCGGUUGGGGCUCACCCCAGUGGAUACCUUGGUGAAGACCCACGUGGAGUUCCAAACAACCUUAUGCCCUACGUUCAGCAAGUUGCUGUUGGGAGGAGGCCGUCAGUGACAAUCUUUGGAAAUAACUAUGCAACUAAAGAUGGGACCGGGGUACGAGAUUAUAUUCAUGUGCUUGAUCUUGCUGAGGGGCAUAUUGCUGCACUACGGAAGCUUUUUGAUAGUUCGUCUAACAUAGGAUGUGAACCAUACAACCUUGGGACUGGAAAGGGGACGUCAGUGUUGGAGAUAGUCAAUGCAUUCGAGAAGGCUUCUGGAAAGAAAAUCCCGCUGGUCAUCGGUCAGCGCCGCCCUGGUGAUGCCGAGAUUCUCUUUGCAGGAACUGGUAAAGCAGAGAGAGAACUCAACUGGAAAGCGAAGUAUGGCAUCACGGAGAUGUGCAGGGACCAGUGGAACUGGGCUAGCAAGAACCCUUACGGGUAUGGGUCACCCGACUCGACCAAGCAGAACGGUAGCAAUUCACACUGA